AUGGAUCAUCUUUCCGUAAAGGCCGUACGAUGGGCUCUGCUGACGUCAUUGGUUAUGUUUCUUCUUGGUAUGGCGCUCCUGAUGACGUUAAGUAUGAUGUCUGAACAACAGAAACCACAAAUGCAAAUCGUCAAGAAGUCGAGAAUUUUCCCUCAAGGAGGUGAUAAUGUGAAAUUCGAUCAACCAUGGGAGUUGACGAAACCGGACGUAAUCAGUGAUAUCUCGUUUUUUGACCGAUCAACAGAAAGUUAUCUUGUUAGUAACUUCAGCUACAGCAAAGGCAUGGGCAACCUUAUGUUUCAAUAUGCAUCAUUGCGUAGUUUGGCUAAUAAAUGGAAAUCCACUCUGGUCGUACCCGUCACCACUACUCUCAGGUGUCUGCUGGAAAGUGGAAAGGUGCCGUCAGAAGAUCAUAACUGUUGCAAAUUCGUUUCUAUUCCUGAACCUACCAACCAACGACUCACAGCAGUUACUGGAUAUCUUCAAAAUCCACGAUACUUUACUCCAGACAACGAGGCCGUCAUUUGUAAAGAAUUCGACUUCCUACCAGCCAUUCAGGAACAG